AUGGCUGGAUCUCAAGACGGCAGAGACCUUUGGAAAGGUCAGCUGGUCAUCACGUUCGGGAAGUACGCCGGUCAGACCUUCAGGUGGCUUGUGGAGAAUGAUGUCGGCUGGCUGGUGUGGCUGCUGUUCCAGUACUGCCAGCAGGGAGAGCAGAACGAGCUGCUGAAGUGGCAGAAGGAGCGACUGCUCCGCCAGACCGGCCUCAGGUCCAGUACCGGCACAUCCAUCACGAGGCUGGAAAGAGACGUGGUGAGAAGCGGAGAUUAUUUGUUGAUGAGCCUGGGACUCCCGCGAACCGGCCCGUUCAGCCCACUGGGUUUGUCGUCCUCCACCCGGCUGAAGCCUGCUGCGCCCACCCCCAUUCUGCCGAGGCUUCCUGCGUCCACCCACCUCCAGCCGAGGCCACCUGCUGCGUUGACCUACGGCCCGCCCCCUGUGUCGGCAGCACCCAUACUGCUGGUCCUCCCCGCACAGCCACAGGCCCCCUCCGUCCUGUUUCGUGGGCCAUCCUGCAGCCAGAGCUUUGUCCCUCCUGCACCAACAGUGAAGACAUUCAUGCCUAACAAGUCCUCAAGGCCAUGUGGGGCUUGCCACGUGCCAGACUGUGGUGGACAGCGGAAGAGGUACACCCCUUCCAAGGACAAAGUGGCUGGAAGCAUGCAGAAAAUGUUUUCCUACUGUCCACCCACUAGGAUGUCCACUACCCCUGGCUUUUACAAUGUGGUGUAUGACAACUUUGAACACUUUAAGAGUGUCGUGGAUGCGGAGUUGGAAAGGAGGACUGUGUAAAUACCUGGAAAUGCGUGUGUGUGUGUGUGAAUAACUUACCUCUGUGAUGCCACUGUUCCUGUGCCAUCUGUAAGAGAGAGAAAGAGGCUUGUUUGUGUGUGUUUGUCUUUGUGUGUGUUUUUUAAAGUGCUUCAGCAAGCACUAUCUAUUUUUUUAUAUCGUUAAAAAAAAGGCACUUUGCAGUUUUACUUGAAGUUCUUUUGUUCGUUUUUUAUUUAUUAUUAUUUAUAUUGCUGUUAAAAUUAACUUUGUAGUAUCCAUUCUGCUCUAUGUUCAAUAUCGAGGCCAAUCUUUUAAACCAUAAUCAGUUCCAAUCUAACACAAUCAGUUUACAUACCCUUUAGUGGUUGUUCAUGUUCAGAUAAUCUGUGUUUUUGUCAUGCAUGUUGUUUGUCUUUGUCAGCUUCAUGUCUUUGUGAUGUUUGUAUGUAUUUGUCUGCUUCAGUUUUAACAAAA